AUGACACAUGCGGCGUUAAUCAUCCACUCUUUUAAAAAUAAUUCCCUUUUCUCUGAAAGAUAUGAACAGGAAAGAAGGGAAGAAAAAGAAAGAUACGAACAAGAGAAGAGAAGAUACGAACAGGAAAGAAGGGAAGAAAAAGAAAGAUACGAACAAGAGAAGAGAAGAUACGAACAGGAAAAACGGGAAGAAAGAGAAAGGUAUGAAAGGGACAGAAGGUUAGAGAUUGAAAGGCAAGAAAGACUGGAGAAAGAACGGGAAAGAGAACGACAAGAAAUGAAGAAACAGUCAGACCAAGUGGAGCGACAAAGGAAAGAGGAAUUACACCAACUUGAGAGUAUGAUGAAGCUAAGAGAAGUAAAUAUGACGAAGUUAAACCCAACAGACGAUAUUGAAAACUAUCUCACAACGUUUGAGCGAACAGCCAAAACGUUUGAUUGGCCAAAGGAGAAAUGGGUGGUGAAGUUGGUACCCUACCUAACCGGUAAAGCCCAAGCUGCUUAUGCUGCCAUGUCAAUCACCGAGAGUAAUGAUUACGACAAAGUUAAAGAAGCCAUAUURAAGCGAUAUGACAUAACAGAGGAGACGUACAGGCAAAGAUUCAGGUCAACAAAGAAAUUUAGAGAUGAAAGCUAUAAAGAAAUGUAUGUACGACUGAAAGACUUGUUCAGAAAAUGGACCAAACCAGAUGGGAAGACAGUAGAUGAGAUUACAGAGACYGUGAUCAUGGAACAACUGGUAGACACAAUGCCCCCAGGAGUACAGAUAUGGGUACGAGAACACCGUCCAAGCACAGGAGUAGCUGCAGCAGAGUUGGCGGACGACUACUUUGAUGCACGUAAAGGGAUUCAAAACGAACCACCGAAAAGACCACAUACAACCCAAGAAAGGUUACCAACAAGUCCUAAGGACAACGAGAAAGAAGGGACACCGGCUAAUCAAGCUGAGAAGGUUAACAGUCCACAACCCUGGAGAAGUAAUGACAAACCCAAAAUAAGAUGCAGAAAUUGCAACAAAGAGGGUCAUAUAGAGAAAUUUUGUCGCAAGAGGACAAGUUAUCUCUCAAGACGAAGCAAUAAAUGCCCAUAUACAGAUUUUGUUAUACCUGGACGAAUCGACGGACAAAACGUUGAGAUGGUUCUUGAUUCAGGGUGUGACAUGACACUAGUUCACUGGGACCUGGUUGACCCAAAGAAGAUAAAUCAUCAAGAGCGGACGCACAUCAGAUGCAUUCAUGACCACCAUUCGGAUUACCCCACGGCUAAUGUGUUAGUAGAGAUCAAUGGUGAGCCAUCUGAAGUAGUGGUAGGAGUCAGCAAGGAUCUACCGAGACAUGCUUUGCUGGGUAAAGACUUCCCACAGUUCUACGACCUCCUAAGCAAAGUACGACCAGACGUAGAAGAUGGCCUAGUAGUAACGAGAGCACAAGCAAGGCGUGACAAGAGACAAAAAGAGGAAGAAAGAAAAGAAGAGAAGAGCUGCAAAGUACAAUCGAGAAAUUUAGACGACAUCGUACUACCUGACAUUUCCAAAGAAUUCGGUCAAAUGGACAUAGGAAGUUUCAUGGAUGGACCCAACAAAGUAAGGACGAAGAAAUCAAGAAGUCAGAAAAGACAGCAGAGAAAACAAUACUCACAGAUGAAAACUGAGUCAUUGGAUAAGUCGGAGUCACCUGAUGUGGAUCCUAAAACCAUUAAAGACCUACAAAUAGCAGAUUCCACUUUGAAUAGCCUGCGAAUACAAGCAGCCAAACAGAGCAAGGACGACGAGAUACAGAUUAUAUACAAAGAAGGCAUCAUGUAUAGACAAGUGUCAAGUAAAGAACUCCCAGAGCCAAUAGAGCAGUUAAUUCUUCCAAGACAGUGUCGGCAAAACGUGUUAAAAAUUGCACAUGACAUACCAUUGGCUGGACACAUGGGCAUAAAGAAGACUCUGGCGCGAAUAAGACAACGAUUUUUCUGGCCAAACAUGACAAAAGAUGUAAAAACCUAUUGCAAGAGCUGUGAAGCGUGUCAGAAAACAUCCAAGCAUGGAACAAAGUUCAGAGCACCAAUGCAGUCAAUGCCAGUGAUAGACGAGCCAUUCACCAGGAUCGCUAUGGAUAUAGUUGGCCCAUUGGACCGAAGCAAAGCUGGAAACAAGUACAUUUUAGUAAUCUGUGACUACGCCACUAGAUAUCCGGAAGCGAUACCACUAAGAAGUAUAGAAGCAAAGAAGAUUGCAGAUGAGCUUAUUAAGCUUUUCUCUAAAGUUGGCAUACCACAAGAAAUACUAACUGACCAAGGUUCUAACUUUACAUCCAAGCUGUUGAAAGAAAUUUACAGGCUACUUCAAAUCAAAGGUAUAACAACAGCCCCAUAUCACCCUCAGACAGACGGUAUGGUGGAACGACUAAAUGGGACCCUUAAAGCUAUGAUAAGGAAGUUUGUAGCCAGUGACCCACUAAAUUGGGACCAGCUGAUACCGUAUCUGCUAUUCGCAUACCGAGAAGUUCCACAAGAAUCGACUGGAUUUUCCCCAUUCGAGCUACUUUAUGGAAGAAAAGUUAGAGGACCCUUAGAUGUUAUGAAAGAGACAUGGACAGGAACAGUGUCUGGACCUAAAAGUGUUGUAACUCAUAUUGUUACCAUGAGAGAAAGAUUAUCAUCUAUGACAGAUCUAAUGAGAGAAAACAUGAAAGAAGCGCAGCAGCGACAAAAGAAAUGGUAUGACACAAAGUCCAGAGUUAGAGAGUUCACCCCUGGCCAAGAAGUGCUACUAUUGUUACCAAGUAGUUCUAAUGCUCUCCAGGCCAAGUGGCAAGGUCCAUUUAAGGUAGUGAGAAGGGUGGGACCAGUAGACUAUGAGAUAGAAACUAACCACAAAGGGAGAAAGUUGAAGGUUUAUCAUGUCAACCUGCUCAAGGAGUUCAAGCGAAGAAGCAUGGACAGCUUUAUGUUAAUAACUGAUGUUAUUGGAGAUGAAGAAGGGGAGGAUACUGAUGUAACUUGGUCAAAUGAGGAGGACCAUGAGCAGGACUUGAAUAUCAACAAAGACAUAACUGAAGCACAAAGAGUACAGUUGACCAUGUUGGUGGAUAAUUUCAAAACAGUCUUCAGCAAUAGACCAGGAAAGACAACAGUCAUWGAGCAUAACAUMGAGAUGAAAGAGGACGAAACUCCAGUACGUCAAAGACCAUACCCAAUACCACAAGCCAAGAUCGGRAAAGUUAAGGAGGAAGUACAAUCUAUGAUARACUUAGGUGUUAUAGAAGAGUCUAAUAGUCCCUGGUCAUCUCCAUAUGUAAUGGUACCUAAGGCGGAUGGAACAACAAACCUUAGAAAUAACAGCAUUCGAUCUAUUGAUCGUGGUACUUUAAAGACUCUUGACAAACUGACAGAGCUCGACUUACGAUACAAUGACAUAAGGACAUGGAGGAUAUUUUCCUCGAAAGUCUUGCCAUCGCUAAAAAUAAUCUACAUGGCAGGGAACAAGAGAUGGUUACCUGAUCUUGACAUCCUUCAACUUCAAAGUCUCACAGAAAUACGUGACGUCACGUUAAGUUCCUCCUGCAGCGAAUGCACGCUGAUCAAAAACAAUAUAAACAACAGCACAACAAACAAUGUCACCAUGGAUACCUGUCACGUGACAUUAGACGUGUUUUUUCCUCAUCACAAGGAAGUGACGUACCGCCGCGCGUACGACUUUGUCCAGMAUGGCUACUCUCCUCAGUGUCUGUGUACCUCACCUCGUUGUCAAGUCGACGAGAUAGACCAACCUUACUUCAAGCAGCUUUAUUCCACUCCAAAGAAGUUGUUUUACUUUCAGUAUGCGUUGGGAGCUGCUGUAUUAGUUCUUAAUCUUGUAAUUAUAUUUGUAGUGAUGUUGUCGCAAUCUCUUCGUUGCAACGCUUCUUUUAUUUUGAUAUGUAGUAUGUCUCUAAGUGACCUGUUUGUUGGUAUUUAUACAAUGGGAAUAGCUGUUUUUAACCCAUUCAAAGCCUCUAAUGUCACACCAACAGAGCUUAUGAGCAAUGACAAUGAGGCGUGCCCUUAUUUGGGGUUCGUUUUCACUACAGGACAGACAACCGCUGUAUUUACGUCAUUAUUUUUGACUGUCGAGCGCUACCUCGCUAUCAUCCGUUGCAUACGACCAAGGCAAAAGCUGGACUUACGUUACCCUGUGUUAAUAUCACUAAUCAUUUGGUUGGUUGGCAUCCUAUACUCGCUUCUCCCAGUUUUCGGGGUAAAGGACCUACAAUACCAUAAGUGGUUUCAAUGCACUAUGCCAUUCCACAAGAGUUCGGUCAUCGAUGACACGUCACUAGUGACUCUAGUCAUCGUCAUUGGUUUCGUCAUGGUUUACGUCACAAGUGUUGCGAUGUAUUUAUACAUGUACUUCGUAUUCUGUAAAUCAACAGCGCACUUGGCGAUCAGAAGGGAAGCUCGACUUGCUAAAAGACUAUCCCUUGUAGUUGGAACGAACUUUUUGUUCUUCGUUGUCCCUACUGUACUCUUCUUAGUCUACGUGUACCGGUUCGAAUACGUUUUAUUCGACGUUGCGUCGACCUUUGCUAACCUUCAAGGUUUCAUCAUAAUGGGGAGUUGGCUUCCAGUUACGUUACUAGGGAUAGGCUCYUUAAUCAACCCUUUUGUGUAUGCUUUUCGACAUCAGAAGUUUCGGAGAGAAGUUGGUCGAAUUUGCCGGCGACUUGAUAAGUAUUUUGGUGAGGUUACCCAGGAAAAGAUAAACUCUCCACAUCAUUACCCUCACCACCAUCAUCAUGCAAUGAUCACAAAAAUGAAACAAAAGGAUCUCGAACAGUACGAACAGACUCCAUAUUUGAUGAAGAGACAUGCUGAUGUUGAACUUUAA